GGCAUCAAACACUAGCAGCUGAAUUCAGUUAACCCAACAUUCUUGGCACUUUCCUGAAAGGCAGCACCAAUGGUUUAGUGCUGCUUACCACCAUGGACAUUUUAAGGAUAAUCUGUAUUUUAAUCUGCUUUGGAAGAAGUUUGGGACAGGAGCAGACAUACAUAAUUUCAGCAGCAAAAGUAUUCCAUGUUGGAGCCUCUGAAAAUGUUGUGAUUCAAGCUUAUGGAUACACGGAAGCAUUUGCCGCUACCAUUUCCAUGAAAAGUUUUCCUGACAAAAGGUUUACUUACUCUUCUGCCACUGUGAAUUUAUCCCCUGAAAACAAGUUCCAGAACUCUGCAUCCUUAACUAUUCAGCCAAGAGAUUUGUCUGGAAGAGGAAAUCCAGUUUCACAUGUAUAUUUAGAAGUUGUUUCUCCCCACUUUACAAAAGAGAAAAAAAUACCCUUAAACUAUGAGAAUGGAUUUCUCUUCAUUCAGACGGACAAGCCCGUUUAUACUCCUGAUCAGACAGUAAAGAUUAGAGUUUAUUCCUUAAAUGAAGAAUUGAAGCCAGCUCUUAGAGAGACCACCUUAACUUUUAUUGAUCCAGAAGGAGAAGAAGUUGAAAUCCUCCAAGAAAAUGAUUAUUUUGGCAUUGUCUCGUUUCCUGAUUUCAAGAUUCCUUCAAAUCCAAAGUAUGGAGUGUGGACAAUUAAAGCCAAAUACAAAGAAGACUUCACAACAUUAGGCCUUACACAUUUUGAGAUUAAGGAAUAUGUAAUGCCACGCUUCUCUGUAUCAAUAGUACCAGAAAAUAGUUUCAUUAGCUACAAGGAAUUUGAAGAGUUCAGUAUUACUAUAAAAGCUAGCUACUUUUAUAAUAAGAAGGUCACUGAGGGAGAUGUUUACAUCUAUUUUGGAAUAAAAGAAAGUUUGCAAGAUGAUAGGAAAGAAAUGAUGUAUAAAGCAACGCAACAAAAUCAGAUGUUAAAUGGAAUCACAGAAUUCACUUUUAACAGUAAAAAGGCAAUUGAAGAAUUAUCAUAUCAAAGCCUGGAAGAAUUAAAUAACAAAUACCUUCAUGUGUCUGUCACAGUCCUGGAGUUAACAGGUGGAUUUUAUGAAGAAGCAGAAAUCCCUGGGAUUAAAUAUGUCCUGUCUCCAUACCAACUGAAUUUGGUUGCUACUCCUCUUUUCUUGAAGCCCGGGAUACCAUUUCCCAUCAAGGUUCAGGUGAAGGAUUCGCUUGACCAAUUUGUAGGAGGGGUUCCGAUAACCCUGAAUGCAAAAGCAAUUAAAGAAAAUGAGAAAGAGACCCAAAUAGAGCCCCAGAAAAGUACCACCAAUCAAAAUAAUGGAGUCGCUUUGUUUGUGAUUAAUCUUUCAUCUGAUGUGACAGCGCUGGAGUUUAACGUCAGGACUGAAGACCUUAAUCUUCCAGAAGAAAACCAGGCUGUCAAAGAAUAUAGAGCAGUAGCAUAUUCAUCCCGCAGCAAAAGUUACCUUUACAUUGACUGGACAGAGAACCUCAAACCUUUACAUGUGGGAGAUUACUUAAGCAUUACUGUUAAACCGAGCAGUCCAUAUAUUGACAAGAUAGCCUUCUAUAAUUACUUGGUUUUAUCCAAGGGCAAAAUAGUUAACUUUGGGACCAGAAAGAAGCUUGAACAUUUGUCUUAUCAAAGUCUAAACAUUCCAAUAACUCAGGAUAUGAUUCCUUCGGCCCGACUUCUAGUCUAUUACCUUGUGACAGGAGAAAACCAGGCAGAAUUAGUAGCUGAUUCAGUCUGGUUAGAUGUGGAAGAAAAAUGUGGCAAUAACCUUCAGGUUCAGCUGUCAAAUGAAAAUGCAUAUACUCCUGGAGAAAUCAUCUCUCUGAAUUUGGUAACCCAAUAUAAUUCCUGGGUUGCUUUGUCUGCUAUGGAUGCAGCUAUCUAUGGAAUCAAAGGAAAACCCAAGAAACUCAUGGAUAUGAAAAGAGUAAUGAGAGUUUUCGAAAAAAGUGACCUGGGGUGCGGUGCUGGUGGAGGUCAGAACAGUGCUGAUGUGUUUCAUUUAGCAGGACUUACAUUUCUCACCAAUGCUAAUACAGAAGUCACACAAGAAAAUGAAACACCUUGUGAGGAAAUACUCAGACCAAGGAGAGAGCUGCAAAAGGAACUUGAAAAAAAAGCUGCUCAGUACAAACACCCACGUGUUCGGAAGUGCUGCUAUGAUGGUGCCACAAAGACCCAUGAGACCUGUGAGAAACGUCUUGAGAGAGUUAAAGAGGGACAGUUUUGCAUUGAAGCAUUCAAGAGUUGCUGUGAAUUGGCAUUUCAAAUACGUUCUAAAUCCAAUCAUAAACCUGUGAUAUUGGGAAGGAAUUAUAUUAAAACACUGAUGGAGAUUGGCAAACCAGAAAUUCGAAGCUAUUUUCCUGAAAGUUGGUUAUGGGAAGUCCGCAAUGUUCAUUUAAGGUACAAAUUUCCAUUGACCCUACCUGACUCUAUAACAUCCUGGGAGAUUCGAGCCAUUGGCAUCUCGGACAAAGGUAUAUGUGUUGCUGAUCCACUCAAGAUCAAAGUAUUGAAAGACAUCUUCUUGGAGAUGCAGAUUCCCUACUCUGUGGUGCGAGGAGAACAGAUUCAAAUAAAGGGAACAGUUUACAACUACAAAAUUUCUGAAAUGAAGUUCUGUGUUCAAAUGUCUGUGGGUGAAGGAAUCUGUCUGGCUGGAAGUUCUUCAUCUCAUCCUCAGGGAAUAAAGCAUACUCAGUGUGUUAUGAAGGAUAUAGAUGGUUCUUCUAUUCAGUCAGUUAUAUUCAAUAUUAUGCCAUUAGAAUUAGGUCUUCAUACUAUCAACUUCACGCUAAACACUCCAUAUGGAAAAGAAAUCUUGGUGAAAACCUUACGAGUGGUGCCAGAAGGUAUCAAAAGGGAAAGUCAUGCUGGUUUCACACUGGAUCCACAAGGUCUAUAUGGUUCCAUUAGCAGACAAAAGGAAUUCCAGUACAGAAUGCCUUUAGAUAUGGUGCCAAAAACGAACAUUGAACGGACCCUGAGUAUAAAAGGAGUUCUUAUUGGCGAAGUGAUUUCCACAGUCCUGACUCCUGAAGGCAUCUCUACUCUAAGCCAUCUCCCAAAGGGGAGUGCAGAAGCUGAGCUAAUGAGCAUCAUUCCUGUAUUCUAUGUCUAUCAUUACCUGGAAGAUGGAGAUAACUGGGACAUCCUUGGUGCUACCCAUCUAAUUGAAAAGGAGAAAAUGAAGAAGAAAAUGAAAGAAGGGAUUGUAAGUAUACUGUCUUACAGAAAUGUAGACCACUCUUAUAGCAUGUGGAAGGGAAAAGAUGCCAGUACUUGGUUUACAGCUCUUGCCUUAAGAAUAUUUGGACAGGUAAAUAAAUAUAUACCACAGGACAAAAAUUCAAUUUGCAAUUCAUUAUGGUGGCUAAUUGAGAAAUGUCAGUUGGAAAAUGGAUCUUUCAAGGACAAUUCUGACUAUCAGCCAGUGAAAUUACAGGGUGCCAUACCUAAAGACACAAAAGAAAAAGCUAUCUAUCUCACAGCCUUUACUCUUAUUGGAAUGAGAAAGUCAUUGGAAAUAUGCCCAACUGAGAAAAUCAAUGAUGGGAUUAUCAAGGCUGAGUCUUUCCUCCAUGAACAUGCUCCAGAUGCGCAGAGCACUUUCACUUUGGCCAUCUCGUCUUACGCUCUGGCCCUUGGGACUACAUCUCACCCUGCUUCUCGGACAAUCUUUUCAAAGCUGAAGAAAGAAGCUUUUGUGAAAGGCAAUCCACCCAUUUAUCGUUUUUGGAAAAGUGAUUUUAAUAAUAAAGAUACCACUGUUCCGACUGUUGCUACAGCCCAGAUGGUAGAAACCACAGCAUAUGCUUUACUUUCAAUUCUACUUUUGAGUGACAUAAAUUAUGCUAAGCCUGUUAUCAGAUGGUUGUCUGAAGAACAAAGAUAUGGAGGCGGAUUUUAUUCCACCCAGGAUACAAUUAAUGCCAUUGAGGCCCUGACUAAGUAUUCACUCCUGCUUAAGAGACAUCGACUGAACAUGGACAUCAAAAUUUCCUACAAACACAAAGGUGACUUGCUCCAUUACAAAAUGACGGAUCAGAAUUUCCUUGGAAGACCAGUAGAGGUGCCUCUGAAUGAUAACCUACUUGUCAGCACUGGAUUUAGUAAUGGCUUAGCCACUGUACAUCUAAGGACAGUUGUCCAUAAAAUUGGUACUUCUGGGGAGGUCUGUAGCUUUGAGCUGAAAAUUGAAACCCAAGAGUUGGAAGAUAACAGCUAUGGAAGAUAUAAAGAAUCUGGAGAUAAACUCAUGAUAGCUUGUGCCAGCUACAAGCACAAUGAAACAGAAUCAUCAUCUGAGUCUUCUCAUGCUGUGAUGGACAUAGCUUUGUCUACUGGAAUUGGUGCAAAUACAGAAGACUUAUCUGCUCUCACCAAUGGGGUUGAUCAACUAUUAACAAGUUAUGAAAUCAAAGAUGGGCAUGUAAUUUUGCAACUGAAUUCAAUUCCUUCUGAUAAGUUCCUUUGUGUUCGAUUCCGGAUCUUUGAGCUUUUUGAGGUUGGAUUCCGUAGUCCUGCUACAUUCUCAGUAUAUGAAUACCACAGACCAGAUAAACAGUGUACCAUAUUUUAUAGCCCUCUCCAGAGCAAACUGGAAAAAGUAUGUGAUGGAUCAACCUGCAGGUGUGUGGAAGCGGAUUGUGGGCAAAUGAAGGAAAAGUUAGACUUGAUGAUCUCUGCUGAUGCCAGAAAGGAGGCUGCCUGCCAACAAGACAUUGCAUAUGCUUAUAAAGUCAAGAUUUUAUCCAUCACUGAAGAAAAUAGUUUUGUUAAAUACACUGCGACUCUUGUGGAUAUCUUCAAGACUGGGAAAGCUCUUGCUCAGAAAAAUGCUGAAGUCAUAUUCAUUAAGAAGAGAACAUGUGUGAAUAUUGACAUUAAAAAAGAGAGUCAGUAUUUGAUCAUGGGAAAGGAAGCACUUGAGAUAAAAGACAAUUUCAGUUUCAAAUAUGUGUAUCCUUUGGAUUCCCUGACCUGGAUUGAAUUUUGGCCUUCAGAUGAAACCUGUUCAUCAUGUAAAGAUUUUGUAGCUAGUUUAGAAGAAUUUUCUGAAGACAUCUUUUUAAAUGGUUGUUAAAAUGCUCGAUUAAAUCUAGUUCCAUAUGAGAUCUACAUUGAUCUCUGUAAGAAAAUUAAUUCAGGCAGAAGGGAGGACCUGGAAUUUGUAGUUGAACUGAAAAGAUGCUCUUUAUUUUCUCUUUAAUUUGUCUAAAUCCCAGGGUUGUCAUCAAAAGUUUGGGAUGGGGGGUGUGGGGGGAGGAAGAGUGAAGAGAGGCUGAGUAUCUCUCACACAGUCACUGGUUCCUAUAUGUAGAAACAAACCCAGGAAGGCUAGAGACCAAUACUUCCCAUCCAGAAUUUAGACCUUUCCUGCUUGGAUAUGUUACUCUCCAGGCCUCCUUAAAACUGUAUAGUUUCUUUUUUUUUUUAAGUCAUUUUCCCUGAGCUCUUUAGCAUUUAAACCUGGACUAACUUGGAAAGCCCUCUUCACUUCUAUUCCGUGGUACUUGCUUUGAUAAGAUAAUGAUUUUAAGAGCUGUAACUUUCUACAAUAACAUGGCCUUGGGGGACAAUGUAGAAAAAUACACCCAAGUCAUUGGAAACCAGAAGCAAUGAAUUGGAACUCCUCCUAAAAUAAACCGCCCAGGAAUGCUUCAUUGAGCCAAAAUAACAGACCCAUUGAAAUGUAGUAUCUUACCCAAACAUGCCCACUCCUUAGAGGAAAAUACAGGGAAAGAGAAAAGUGAUCAUUAAAAACUGUUCUUGGCAUUUAAA